AUGUCAACUGACGCGCAGGAUUUAGUCUCCAUUACCGUCGCCCAUCUCGGAAAACAGCAUACGCUUUCUCUUCCUAAAGAUGCGACUAUUACGGACCUAUCUGAAGCCAUAAACGAUGAGCUCAAUGUUCCACCUGCGAAUCAGAAAAUCACCAUUCCCAAAACCCCGAUGCUCAAAUUCCCUUUUAAAGACCCCAAUCUACCUCUUUCGCCUACGCCAGGAUACAUAGUAAAGCUUAUGGGCAGUACUGCAAAGGAAGCUGCUUCAAUAUCUACCGCCCAAGAAGAGGCUUCACGCCGAGUCAACCCGAGAGCUGGCCGGUCGAAUCAACAGAAAGUCUCAGCAUACAAGACAGUCGACCAUAAGAAAGCCCAUGAAGAAGCAUUAUACACGUUCCAAACCCUCAAACCGCUGCCCUACCUCCCAAACCCUUCAAAAUCUCUCCAGUUUCUCGAGCGCCUAAAGAAUGAUGUCGGAAUUAAAAAGACCAUGCGAGACCACCAAUUUACAGUUGGCUUGUUGACGGAAAUGAAUCCUGUUGAGCAUACGCAGAGCAACCAUGAAGGUACAUCAAGAACACUUGGGCUCAAUAGGAAUCAAGGGGAGGUUAUCGAGUUGCGGCUUCGAACAGAUGCGUAUGAUGGAUAUCGAGAUUAUAAGACAAUCAGAAACACACUUUGCCAUGAGCUUGCUCAUAACGUCCACGGUCCGCAUGACCGGAAAUUCUGGGAUCUGUGUAAGCAGAUUGAGAAGGAGGUUGAUCUGGCUACUUCUUCGGGAAGGACUAUUGGGGAAAGGGAAGAAUAUUAUGAUGGUGGACAUGGUGAGGAUGUGGACGAUCAUGGGGGGUGGACUGGUGGGGAGUUUGUGGUUGGAGGCAGUGUUGCGGGUGGUGGUGGAGGGUUGAGUAGGAGAGAGGUGCUUGCUAAGGCGGCGGAGGAGAGGAUGAAGAGGUUGAGGGAGCAGCAGGGUGGCGAAGGGAGCGGGACGGGGUCUUGA